UUGUGUUUUCUAUGUCUAUGAAGAAAAUGGCAAAUAAUUCAUUUAAUAAUUUAGAUAAUCAAUUUGUUAACAUAGAAAACAUCAAACAAGAAUUAAAUACAGAAAUUAUUGAAGAAUGUGAAACAAUGGAGUUUGUAAGAAUUAAAGAAGAAAUACCUGAAGAAACUUUUACAAGGGAGGAUGUAUUUAUUAAAGAAGAAAUGACACAAGAAAAUUUGAAUAAUGUGCUGUUUAAAGAAGAAACCACCGAAACUCUUACAAUAGAACAUGAAGAGAUAAGUGAAGAAUUCAUUGAUAAAAAAGAAAAUGAAAUAAAAAUAGAUGAAUCUAUCUUGGAAAAUGGACGUAUUAAUAAUGAAGAUAAACGUUUUUCUUGUGAAGCUUGUAAUAAAACAUUUACCCGGAAAAGUAGUUUAAUUCAACAUAAACGAACUCAUACUGGAGAAAAACCAUUUACUUGUGAAAUCUCAUGUGAAAUUUGUGAUAAAACAUUUAAUGAGAAAUCGCAUUUAAUUGCGCAUAAACGAAUACAUUCUGGUGAAAAACCGUUUUCUUGUGACAUUUGUGAUAAAACGUAUACUCAUCAAAGCAAUCUAAUUGAACAUAAACGAAGUCAUACAGGUGAAAAAUCAUUUUCAUGUGAUCUUUGUGAUAAAGCAUUCACUCAUCCUAGUAAUCUAAAUAUACAUAAACGAACUCAUACCGGUGAAAAACCUUUUUCGUGUUUAAUUUGUGAUAAAAGAUUUUAUUCACAAAAUCGUUUAACUGAACAUAAUCGAACUCAUACGAGAGAAAAACCGUAUUCAUGUGAAGUGUGUAAUAAAACAUUUAUUCAGCAAAAUAUUUUAAUAUCACAUAAACGAAUUCAUACGGGAGAAAAACCAUUUUCUUGUGAAUUUUGUGAUAAAACGUUCACUCAUCAAAGCGGUCUAAAUGUACAUAAACGAACUCAUACAGGAGAAAAACCAUUUGCUUGUGAAUUUUGUGAUAAAACGUUUACGCAGCAAAUUAGUCUUAGUGUACAUAAACGAACUCAUACUGGCGAAAAACCAUUUUCUUGUGAAGUUUGUGAUAAAACGUUCACUCAGCAAAUCAGUUUAAAUCGACAUAAACGAACUCAUACAGGUGAAAAACCAUUUUCAUGUGAAGUUUGUGAUAAAUCAUUUAUUGCCAAAAGUUAUUUAAAUAAACAUAUUUAA